AUGGCUUGUGGGUUCCGGAUCAUAUCUUUCCUCCAAACACUCCUCCAAUCUUUGCGGGACAACAUUGCUGUUCUCGAACAUGAAAUCGACCUACACGAUCUGGGAACUCCCCAAGUCUGGGACUCAGAAGCUUCUACAAAGUUCGACGAUCCCGAGAAUUUGAUCUCUUGGCAAGCGUAUGAGGCCAAUGAGAAGAUUCGCGUGGACGUUCGCGCUCUCGAUGCAGCAGUUACACCCAACCACAUCAAGCUGCUUGAGAUGGGCCUGCAACCGGCGCGGAAGAGUGCACUCAAUGUCGCAGUGUCCCUUGGUAUCACAGAUGCAAUUACAGAUCUCGGAGGCGAUGCGAAGCUGGCGGGUUUAGCCAGUCGACUGAACGUCAAUGAGCAAAAAUCAGGGAGAGUCAUGAGAACACUGGCAGCUGAGUACAUCUACCAAAAAAAGCAGCCAAACGUUUUCAGCAAUACUCGACAUAACACCAAGACCAAAGACUCUUAUCUGGCCACAGAUGCUCCUUUCUGUUCUACAGUGGCACAGAAUGGAGAAACAUUCUUCGAGUACAUUGGUCAUCCCGAGAACUCCGGGGUUGCGCUCAAGGUGAUCAAGGGUGUUCUGCCAUGGCUCAAUCGAACGACUAGACCAGCGCUCCUCAAUCACUAUCCUUGGCAUGAGAGCCCCAGAGCCCGAGUUGUUGAUGUUGGGUGCGGUCCAGGUGACAGCAGUUUUGACAUCAUGAGGCAUAACCCGGAGCUUCAUUGGACCUUUCAGGACCUUCAACCCGCCAUUGAGAGCUUGAAGACCAAUCUGCCGGAGGAUAUUGCUCAAAGAGCUGCCGACGGGAAAGUCAACUGUGUUGUACAGGACUACUUCAAAGACAACGCAGCAGAGGGUGACAUAUGGUACCUCAGAGGAGUUUUACGCGAAUACGAUGAUGAAGACGCUAUCAAGAUACUGACCAAAGUUGCGAACUUCAUGAGAAAGACUCCAGACUCACGGAAGGUGAUCAACGAGAUUUGGAACUCCAGCCCGUUCAAUGUCAGCAAUCAGAAUGCGGCCCCAUCUACCCUAACACCUACCCACCAGUCAAGGCUUUCGGACCUUGCCAACCUGAUGACAUGGGAUACUUUAUUCUUCUUUUGCGGGAAGGAGAGAUCAGUGCCAGAGCUCGAGUCCAUUCUUGAAAAGGCCGGUUUGAGAAUUAGUCGCUUCUUCCAUUUCCGCACAAUCACUACCAUGGUGGAGUGUUCGCUAGCUUAA